AUGCGCACGGCGGUUGCAGUGGAAUUCGGCAGAAUCCCACGGACGAUGUGUUACAAAUGUUUCCCGUCGUCUUCCUGGGACACAGCUGCGGAAGAGAGCUGGGGUGAGUGGCUGGAGAUCAAGGACGACGCGGACACCAAGGACGACGUCGUGGGUGAGGUGACGGCAGCGACGAUGGACGGCGCCGCUGGUGAGGUGACGGCAGCGGCGUAG